AUGUCCACUACCGCAACCAUUCUGCCGCUCGGUCUGACGAAUAUUGAGCGCCUCCAGAGUGUUCAAAAGUCAAUCGAAGCUGGAUUCGCACCCAAUUUUUCUAGCCUCAAAAAGGCCAUUGCCCAUAUUCACGCCAAUCCAGAGAUCGCGUUUGAGGAGUACAUUGCUCAUGACACUCUCUGUGACUACUUGGAGAGCCUUGGUUUUGCGGUCACCCGGAAAGCAUUCGGCGUCGAAACGGCCUUCGAAGUCCUAUAUGGCCAGGGCGGCCGCCUGGUCAGCAUUGCUGCGGAAUAUGAUGCACUCCCCGGGGUUGGUCACGGAUGUGGCCAUCACCUUAUUGCUGCGACAAGUGUUGCCGCCUUCUUGGGCCUUGUCCACGCCCUGAAGGAUCAAGGCGUUCCCGGCAGGGUGCAGCUGCUUGGUUGCCCAGCGGAAGAGAACCAAGGAGGAAAGGUCGCACUUGUGCGAGGAGGAGCAAUGAAUGGCGUUGAUGCCGCAGUCGAGGCGCACCCCGUCCCACCAGAGAAGAAGGCCGGACCGCGAGGCCCAAUCGAUAUGACUGGCGUUGGCACUCUUCCAAGUUUGGCCAUGACGCGCUGGGUCGUCGAGUACCAUGGCAGAGCUGCUCACGCCGCUGGCUUCCCGCACCAGGGAAUCAACGCCUACGAUGCCGCGAUCGCUGCUUAUAACAAUGUCGCCUUCCUCAGGCAACAAACGCUGUCCGAAGAAAGAAUCCACGGUGUCAUUCUAGAGGGACCUACCGUUCCAAACACGAUUGGACACUAUACCAAGUCUGUGUGGGUUGCCCGGAGUCUCUCAAAAGGAACGCUUUUGGCCCUUUCAAAGCGGAUGGUGGCUUGCUUCGAGGCUGCAGCAACCGCUACUGGGUGCACCGUCGAGAUUACUGAGGGAAACAUGUAUUUGGAUCAAGUCAUCACGGAGUCUCUGUGCCAGCGGUACGCAGAUAUUGCCAACAGUACCGGGGGCGAGAAAGUCACUCCAUUCUCUUCAAAGGUGGAAACAGGUUCAACUGAUUUUGGAAACUUCACCUACGAAUGUCCUGGUGUCCACGCUUAUUAUGCGAUCGAUUGCUCUCCGGAGACAAUCAUGCACCAUCAAUCUUUCACGGAGGCAGCGGGUACAGAGGAUGCUUACACUAGGGCCACACAAGUUGGCGUGAUUGUUGCCCUUACUGCGUGGGAUCUUCUCACCGAUGAUGCAUUCUUUGAGGAGAUUAAGAAGGAAUGGGAAGGAAAGUUGCAGACACAUCUCUCUUUAUAG